CUAUUUUACAGUCACAUGACUGCCAUCUGUUAGUAUACCAGUUGUCGUAUUAAUUAGUUAUCAAUUGUUUAAUCAAAAAAUUUAUUUGAAACACAUUUACAGUUAUAUUGAUUACUGUUAGGAAAGUGCGGCACAAAUACAUUGAAUCCAUUGAAUGGAGGUAUUGAUGAACAACGGCCUCAAAAUCCCUGGCAUUGGAUUGGGCACUUAUCUCAUCAAAGACAAGGAGGUCUGCAAAACAAUAGUCGCGCAGUCAUUGAGGACAGGCUAUCGACUUAUCGAUACGGCCGCUGUUUAUCAGAACGAGGAAUAUAUCGGAGAAGUGAUCGAAAACUUACACGAAUUUGGUCUCAAGAGAGAGGAUGUGUUUAUAACCACUAAACUGAGUCCAUCAGAUCAGGGCAGAGGCACUGCGCGAACAAAAGUGUUGGAAUCGAUCGCAAAGUUGAAGACUCCUUAUGUGGACCUGGUUUUGAUCCAUUGGCCUGGAACUCGUGGUCUCGACCACACGGACCCUAAGAAUGCAGAGCUAAGGAAAGGUAGUUAUGAGGACUUAGAGGACUUGCAUUCGGAGGGUUUCAUCAAAUCGAUUGGUGUUUCCAAUUAUACGAUCAAAAUGUCAGAUACGGCCGCUGUUUAUCAGAACGAGGAAUAUAUCGGAGAAGUGAUCGAAAACUUACGCGAAUUUGGUCUCAAGAGAGAGGAUGUGUUUAUUACCACUAAACUGAACCCAUCAGAUCAGGGCAGAGGGACUGCGCGAACAAAAGUGUUGGAAUCGAUCGCAAAGUUGAAGACGGAUUAUGUGGACCUGGUUUUGAUCCAUUGGCCGGGAACUCGUGGUCUCGACCACACGGACCCUAAGAAUGCAGAGCUAAGGAAAGGUAGUUAUGAGGACUUAGAGGACUUGCAUUCGGAGGGUUUCAUCAAAUCGAUUGGUGUUUCCAAUUAUACGAUCAAACAUAUGGAAGAACUGCUAAAUCACUGCAAAGUCUUGCCGGCAGUGAAUCAGGUGGAAUUCCAUCCGUUGUUAUAUCAGAAGGAAUUACUUGAAUAUAGCGGCGGGAAGGGUGUUGUCAUUCAGGCGUAUUCCUCGUUGGGAGCGGUCGAGGGCUGGAAAGUGCUAUCCAUUAAUGAAACGCUUGUCAAAGUGGCCCAAAAGUAUCAGAAGACUGUGCCGCAGAUACUCCUCAAGUGGGGUCUUCAGCAUAACGUUUGUGUCAUUCCGAAGACAUCGCGCGUGGAAAACCUGAAACCAAACUUUGAUUUAUUGGACUUUUCGAUAUCGACUGAAGACAUGUCGACAAUCGACUCAUUGAACGCAAACAAACGCUUUUGUUGGGACCCAAACACUGUGCUUUGAAUUGCAUUUCAAAUACAUUUUAUUAAAUUUACAAACAUUUUAGAAAUACAGUAUACGUUAAUAUAAUAAUCUUUUGGGUAAUAGUUUUCAAAUAAACUCGGUUUUCACAAACUCUUUAUAAAUGUAUUUUUGAAUAAAUAAAUGGGA